UGCUUUUACUAAACGACUUUUGCCUGAACUGCAUUCCUUUAGUUAUUCCUUAAGUCCGAACAUGUCAACAACAAAUUCGAAACUUUCCCAUCUUCCAAAAGUGCUGUCCAUGAAGUUUCUCCUCUUGUUACUCGCCCACUUGGUGGUGCAACAUAUUGACAUAAUAUCUUGCCUGGAGGCUCCAACCGUGCAUCUGCCGAAUCAGGGAGUGAUUGUGGGGAUGUACAUGAAAAUGUUCCGUACUCAAAACAUUAAAGCCUAUCUCGGAAUUAAGUACGCCAGGGCUCCUAGAUUCGCGCCUCCGGUCGAAAUAAAAGUGAACAAAUGGAAUAUGGUCUACAAUGCCACGUCGUACGGACCAAAAUGUUGGCAACGUCUGAAAGAUAACAAACAGAUGGACAAACAAACAGCCACCAUUCAAGAGUUGCUCAUGACAUCCACUACUGGGGGUGCCAGUUUUCGUGACGGUUAUGACGAAGAGUGUUUAUAUUUGAACAUCUUCAUACCUGACGGGUCGCCGGGCUUAUCUGGAUACGCAGUAAUGGUAUAUUUCCACGGUGGUGAUUUCUCUACUGGUAGUCCUACCGACAUUGAUCCUUUUCAAAUGGUUUUUAAACAAAAGGUGAUUGUGGUAACUGUGGCCUACAGGCUAAGCAUAAUGGGAUUUCUUUCAACUGGAGAUAGUGAGGCGCCCGGAAACUUUGGCCUUAUGGAUCAAUCAGCUGCCCUUUUGUGGAUUCGAAAAAAUAUUGCUCACUUCGGUGGCGAUGCCAAGAAAGUGACAAUUAUUGGCAUAGCAUCGGGUGCCAUUAGUGCUGGACUUCAUUUAACUUCGGGGGAAUGGUCUAGAGGCGGAUUUCACAAAGCUAUUUUAAUGUCAGGGAAUCCAUUGACCGAAGAGACAGUAAGAACAUUCGAGGCCUUUAGUCCAGAAUUAGAUUUGAUUUCUAAUAUUUUUGGUUGUAACCGUAAACCCACUACAAUGCUGAUACAAUGUUUGAAAAGGCUUGAUGCCAAAAGGCUUAUGGACAACCUGCCAGACGUCGAGUUUGGUCCGAUAAUCGACAAGGGUUUCAGUAGCACUUCCAAAGGAUUUAUCGAAGAUUUCCCCGUGGUUCUUUUGAAAAAUGGAAAUUAUAACAAAGUGCCUGUUAUGGUGGGAAUGACAGAUAUGGAAGAUGUCUUACAAAUCUUAGAUGAUGAAGAGCGUGAGGGAACGCAGAUGACGAGUGAAGAUUUCGAAACUUUUGCUUCCAAGGUUGCGAUGAGUGAUAUCCAAAAGGCAAAUCAAAGCGAUUUGUGGUGUACCGACUACCCCAUAGUCCUGGACUCCAUUAAUCUCAUGUACAAAAAUGAAGAGAACGUCAACCAAGAAACAGUUUUGAACAAUUUCAUUAGUUUCCACACCGAUAGAAUGCAUUUGGCGCCACUCUUCCUUCUGGCCAAUCAACUCAGCACUGAUGAGGACGUUUAUGUCUACUAUUUUAAUGUGCGACCAAAAACCGAAUUCUACACAAUACCCAGUUGGAUAGGCGUUCCAAAAUAUUUCGACCAAAUUUUCAUAUGGGGAGUCCCAUACAUGAAUAAUAACAUGUUCAUAAACCGAUGGAAUGCCACAGACAAGAAAAUAUCAGAAAUUGUUAUGACUUUGUGGGCCAACUUUGCCAAGUCGUCAAAUCCAACAGCUUCCAAUGUAUACAUAAAGUGGAACGCCUACAAUGUCAACAACCAGUCAUAUUUAGUCAUUAACGAGGACUUCAACGUGAGGGCUGUAGCCGAGAAUCAUAAAAUCAAUUUUUGGAACGAUUACUAUCCCAAGUUAAUAGAUUUUGCCAUAGAGUGCUGUGCUUCCAGGAAUACCAGUAAAUCAUUGCUUUCUUCCACAGGUUUCAAUACACUCCUUAUAACAAUAAUUUUUAUUUUACAAAUAGUUUUAGUGUAAUGUUGUUAUUACAUAUUUACUUAUAUACAAUCUAUAUGUAUAUAUAUUUAUAUAUAUAACUGUGAAAUAUAAUAAACUUUUACUACACUGACGUUCUUUAA